AUGGGGGAUUCACCUACGGCGCCUCUUGUCGUUACAACUCUUAUUCUCAUACUUGGUAUUAUUCAUCUAGCUGUUGGAAUUGGCAUUGCUACUAGAUAUCGUCAAUAUCGUGAUGUUUUCCAGCAAUCAGUAGGCUUAUAUUCUUUUAAUAUUGUUAUUGGAGUAUAUGCUAUAGCAGUUGGAAUAAUAGGCUUAGUUGCCAUCUUGCAAAAACGUGCUGCUUUGAGUAAAACUAUUGCUAUUGUUUCAGCUAUCUUGGGUGUCUUUGCAUUGGCAUCACUUAUUUCUGCAAUGAUCGUUAGCACUCAAGCAAUUAGUUAUGUAAGAGGACGUUUAGCAUAUCAUAUUACUGCAUAUGUUGAAGAUCAAAAUUCUAUUAAUCUCAUGGACGCCGUUCAAACGAAAUUUCAGUGUUGUGGUGAGAAUUUAUGGCUUGAUUGGGGACGUUCUCAACUAGGUUCAACAGCUACAACGGGAUCUUCUGGAAGUACAGGCGUUGGCACGGGCACUGGAUCUGGUACAGGCACUGGAGUCGGAACAGGUACUGGUACCAAUAUCAGUAUUGCUUUGGGCAUGAAUACUAACAUGAGUAUUGGUACAGGAAUCAAUAUGAUGGGGGAUAAGAAUAUAACUAACUCAGAACUAGGAGAUAAUAGUCGUAAGUUCUUAUUAUUCUUAAUAGGUAGCAGACGUCGUCGUGGACAUUUGCAUCUGUAUUCAAGUACACUAGUUAAAUCUAUUCAUAAAAGGCAGCAACUGAUAACAGGUGUCACUCUCAAUGGUCUACCUUCAGGUUAUAGUAUAAAUUUACCAUUAUCUUGCUGUAAACAAAAUGGAGUAGGUUCUGCCAAUUCACUCGGUGGAUAUUGUGUAGCCACGGUUAAUAAUAGUUCAAACAGUUUCUAUGUCACUGGAUGCAUGAUACCUUGUGCAAAUUUUGUUGUUACUCAAGCAGCAGGCCUUGUUCUUAUUAAUACUUGUCUGGCUAUUCUUGCUUUCGUAUUUCUUGUAUUAACGAUGCACAUGUUUCCUGAUACAUUUAAUCCAAAUAAUCCAAAUACUAAACAACCUUUACCAAAUGAAAUGCGACAAGAGCAACAGACUCAAAAUGAAGGAUAUAACUAUAGUAAUGAUAAUUCAAAUGCAGGAUAUUAUGCCAAUAAUAAUAAUCCAAAUGCUUAUUACCCUUAUAUCCUUCCACAACACGUGGUUUAUCAAUAA